CCCCCGCCCCCCCCCGCAACGUCGCCGCCAACGCGAGACAGCGGCGGCCGCCCCAAAGCCACGGGCCGAGCGAGCUUCAGCAGCCGCCGACCACCCUUCACGAACUGCGGCCUGGCCCUCCAGCGAGCGGCGGCGGCGGCGGCGGCGGCGAUCCCGAUCCCGUUUCUCGCAGCCGACUCGGCGCCCCGUAACGCCAACAAAGCCUCGCUUCCCGGUGGCCUGCCGCGCUCCGCCGUUCUGCCCGGGGGAACAGCCCCGGAGGCCUCCAUCCUCUUCCCAGAGGUGUCGGGGCUCGGCCCCCGCCUCCAUCUUCGCGUCUCAGGAUGGCGAGCAGCAGCGGCUCUAAGGCCGAAUUUAUCGUCGGAGGGAAAUACAAACUGGUGCGGAAGAUCGGAUCGGGCUCCUUCGGGGACAUUUAUCUGGCGAUCAACAUCACCAAUGGCGAGGAAGUGGCAGUGAAGCUAGAAUCCCAGAAGGCCAGGCAUCCCCAGUUGCUGUACGAGAGCAAACUGUAUAAGAUUCUUCAAGGUGGGGUUGGCAUCCCUCACAUACGGUGGUAUGGACAAGAAAAAGACUAUAAUGUGCUAGUCAUGGAUCUUCUGGGGCCCAGCCUUGAAGAUCUCUUCAAUUUCUGUUCAAGAAGGUUCACUAUGAAGACUGUACUUAUGUUAGCCGACCAGAUGAUCAGUAGAAUUGAAUAUGUGCAUACAAAGAAUUUUAUACACAGAGACAUUAAGCCAGAUAACUUCCUAAUGGGUAUUGGGCGUCACUGUAAUAAGUGUUUAGAAUCUCCAGUGGGGAAGAGGAAAAGAAGCAUGACUGUUAGUCCUUCUCAGGACCCAUCUUUCUCAGGAUUAAACCAGUUAUUCCUUAUUGAUUUUGGUUUGGCCAAAAAGUACAGAGACAACAGGACAAGGCAGCACAUACCCUACAGAGAAGAUAAAAACCUCACUGGCACUGCCCGGUACGCUAGCAUCAAUGCACAUCUUGGUAUUGAGCAGAGUCGCCGAGAUGACAUGGAAUCUUUAGGAUAUGUUUUGAUGUAUUUCAAUAGAACCAGUCUUCCCUGGCAAGGGCUAAAGGCUGCAACAAAGAAACAAAAAUAUGAAAAGAUUAGUGAAAAGAAGAUGUCCACUCCUGUUGAAGUUUUGUGUAAGGGAUUUCCUGCAGAAUUUGCCAUGUACUUAAAUUACUGCCGUGGACUGCGCUUUGAGGAAGCUCCGGAUUACAUGUAUCUGAGGCAGCUAUUCCGCAUCCUUUUCAGGACCCUGAACCACCAGUAUGAUUACACGUUUGACUGGACGAUGCUAAAGCAGAAAGCAGCACAGCAGGCAGCCUCCUCCAGUGGGCAGGGUCAGCAGGCCCAAACCCCCACAGGCAAGCAAACUGACAAAACCAAGAGUAACAUGAAAGGUUUCUAGGCAUGAAUUGAGGAAGAGAAGCAGCAGAGCAGAUGAUUGGAGCAGCAUUUGUUUCUCCCCAAACUAGACAUUUUAGCUCAUAUGUACACUAGCCAGUGGUUGUGGACAACCAUUUACUUGGUGUAAAGAACUUCAUUUCAGUGUAAACUGGCCUAGGCAGCAUUGCUGAUGCUGGCCCUGAGCUGUAACCGCUGUAAUUGUGAAUAUUAACUGAGGUAGUGAAACAUGGUGUCCGGUUUUCUAUUGCAUUGUUUUUUAAGUGGAAAAGUUUAACUAAAUGGUUGACACACGAAUUGGUGGAGAAAUUGUGCAUAUGCCAAUUUUUUGUUAAAACCUUUUAUUUUGAACUAUACUGCUUUGAGAUCUCAUUUCUGGAGAACGGCAUGAACAGUCUUCAGCCACAGUUGUGAUGGUUGUAAAUGUUCACAAUUGUGUGUUCUUAGGGUUUUUCAUCCCUGGGGUUUGCAAGUUGUUAACUUAAAACAUUCUCUAAAUGGUUGGCUUCUUGUUUGCAAGCCAGCUGAUAUGGUAGCAACCAAAGAUUCCAGUGUUUGAGCAUUUGAAAGACUCUGCCUGCUUACCUGUGCUAGAAAUAACAGCAUCUAAAGUGAAGACUUAAGAAAAAAACAUAGCGACUACUAGAUUAUCCUUAGGACUCUGCAUUAACUCUAUAAUGUUCUUGCUAUUAAAAACGCAUAUUUGUCACAGAAAUUUAGUUACCGUCUUACAACUGAACAUGUAUGUGUGUUGCUUAGAUAAAUGUAAUCACUGUAAACAUCUAUAUGAUCUGGGAUUUUGUUUUUAUUUUGAAAUGGGAGCUUUUUGUUUACAAGUUCAUUAAAAACUAAAAACUGUUUCUGUAAGGAAGUGAAAUUUUUUUUUAAACGACAAAAUGCCUUGCUGACUCAACAUGAAGUAAAUCUCCCUGAUUUUUUUGUUUUGAUGUAUGAUUUGAGACAGGGUCUCAUUUUGUAGCUCUGGCUGGCCUAGAACUCACUAUAUAGACCAGGCUGGCCUAGAACUCUCAGAUCCUCCUUCCCCUGCUUCCCUAAAGUCCUGGGACUAAAAAUAAGAGCCUCCACGCCCAGCUUCCCUCAUUUUUUGAUAGACUACUUCAAGCCAUUUGUUAUAUUCCUUUGCUGUGAAAGGUUUUUGCUUUGUUUUUUUGUUUUUGUCUUGAUCUGAAGAGAAAGGAAUUCUUUCACUUUCUUUUAAAUGACUCACAGGCACAUUACCAGUUCUGCAUCUGCCGUAACUGUGGCAUUGACUCUUGCGGCCACUGUGGCCAGCAGAUGGACUGAUUCUGAAUCAGAGUGAUGAAAGUGUUCAAGGCUUUAGUAACCAUGUUAGAAAACCUUUUUCUUAGAAACCUUUGUGAAAUGGCUGUACGAGUGUCACAGAGUGCAGUUAGAGAUGCUGACCCUCUAGGCCCGCUUCCUCCCAGGCUCUCCUGGCCGCUUUUCUUUUUUCUUUGAUGAUUCAAGCAAAGGGGGAACUUAAUUGACAAUAAUUCUUUAAAUGGUGUAAUUUAUUCAUUUACAGCAUGUCAGGAUAAAUGAAAAGAUCAUUUGUCUGAAAAUGCUGCCAGGAGCCUAUUGUGUAACUGUAGGUAUUUUGUAAAAUAAUCUUGAAUUGUAAAUUGGCACGUGUUUGGUAAGAGUGUCAGGGUUGAUUUGUGGUUUUCCUUUUUUUUUUUUUUUUUUUAAUUUGAACAGCAAUAAUUUAAUUCCAUGAUGGCCACAUUCUGUCAUCAAGUUGUGUUAGUAUCAGAAGGCUGAAGAAGUCGCAGUGAGGUGGCGCUGGUGGGUGGCAGCCUCUUUCUUUUCUAGCCAUGCUUGUCAGUUAAGGUAUUUGUUUCUUGACUAAUAAACCCUUUGAUACUUUCAGCCAGAAAUCAGUCUCAUAAAGCUAUUUUUGAGUAUAGUUUGUGUAAGAUAAAACUGUUCAGCGUUGGUCAUAACUCUCCAGGCUGAACACCCUCUCUAGCAAGAUAUUUUUCAGUGCUUUUAUUUACUAUGCACUUAGACUAUGCACUUUUUCUGAAAUAUUUUUGUAACACUUUUUUGUAUUUUUGCCAUUUGAAAAGGUUGUGGUGUCAUUGGUCUGUCAUUAAGUUGCAGGUUUCAAACUGCUGUUAGCUUUGUGAAUCAGAAUAUAGAAAUGUUUUUGUUCUGGUGUACUUCCGUCCCAUCUGCAGCUGGAGCUGGAAUCCUAUUGAUCCUCUAGCUGCCAUUCAUUUUCUUCACAGUUCACAAAGAAGAGCGUGAAAUUCAGUGAAUGCUGUUACUAAUCCUGUCUGGAAAUGAAUCUCAUUUCACCAAAAUUAAUUAUGUUUUUCCACUAAAAUGAUGGUCUACGUUGAAGACACAUCACUUUGAAGUUGGAAGACCUCGCCACUAAAGGCUCCACAGUGGCUGACUCAGCUGAACUCUAGGUUGCCACUCUUUUCUUUACUCACUCCACUGGGUGAUGCAGCUUUUUGAAAUGUUGGGAGAUGGCCAUUCUAACUACUGUUGAAUGUCAAUGUUUUGGGAAGGUACAAUAAGAAAAUAAAGAAGAAUAUAUAUGAAGGGGGAGGCUGGUUGUCUCCCAUAUGGCUGUGCUGCAUAUGCUCUUAGAACCCACAAGUGGACAUAGGUUUGCCUUUGCUGUGAUUUCCUCUCUGCUUUAAGUCUAUCGUAUUGUAAAUAUUUCAGAGUGUACUGUAACAGGACAUGAAUUGUUAUAAAUCAUGAACCAUGGAGAUGGUGUAGUUUAAGCCAGUAGGCUGUUUUCCCUGAAAAUUGCUGGGAUAAUAAAGAAUAGUUUAUUGUAACUCAA